AUGUCAAAACCACCUUCCAAAUCUGUGUUUGUUGGAAAUAUCCCAUACGGCCUUACCGAGGAACAGAUAGUAGAUAUCUUCAGUAGUGCGGGAAACGUUAUAAACUUUCGACUUGUCUAUGAUCGUGAAACAGGCAGGCCCAAAGGCUUCGGUUUCGCAGAAUAUCCCGAUUCAGAUUCUGCGUCUUCUGCAGUAAGGAAUUUGAAUGACUACGAAAUUAUGAAUCGAAAAUUGCGCGUUGACUUUUCGAAUGAUGGUGGUGAAGAAGAAAGUUCUGCGCCAACCUAUCAACCUCCUCCUCUACCUACGAAUGGCCUCCCCGUUCCACCUCCGUCUCUCCCAAUCCCUCAAACCUCAAACCCAUCCUCGUUACCACCUCUCCCAAUAGGCAUUGAACUACCUCAAGGCCUCACCUGUCCCGACGCCAUUUCCCGCACUCUCAACACCCUCCCCCCAUCUCAACUCCUCGACGUCCUCUCCCAAAUGAAAACCCUCGCCUCCACCGACCCCCAAAAAGCCACCGAGCUUCUCCAUCAAGCCCCCCAACUUUCCUACGCCAUCUUUCAAGCCCUUCUCCUAAUGGGUCUCGUCCAACCCGAAGCCCUUACCUCUGUCAUCGAGUCGUCUGUUGCCGCACCCUCGUCCGCUCCCCCCGUUUCAAAUAUUCCUCUACCUAUUGCGCCAACUCCACAAUAUGGAGGCUCGGCAUAUCCGCCUGGAUACCCACCACCGCCUCCACAUAUGUCAGGUCAAUUGGGUAUGUCCAUGAUGGGUACGCCGCCAGUACAAGGAUAUGCGCCACCUCCUCCCCAACAAAGACAAGCUCCACCACCACCAGUUCAGGCAGCAGAACCAGAUACAAAUGCAUUGAUGGCACAAGUCAUGGCCAUGCCGCAGGAGUUGAUUGAUAGCUUGCCACCUGCUGAUAGGGCACAGUUGAUGGCGCUAAAAGCACAGUUUCGUGGAUAG